CUUCUCAUCUUCUCCCAUUCGAUUACAGGCCACCCACCUUCUUGUCACAGACACAGUUCAACUCAGAAGCUCUCCCUCUCUUCAUGGUUGAGCCUCAAACGAACAGAAGAUGGCUAUCUCUCUGAGUUCACUCGUGGGCUUCAACUCAACGGCCAAUUACCAGAAUGUGUCAAGAUCUGUUGUCGGAGCUUCAGUACCAAAAGUAAUCCAAUUCACACCCUUCCUAGGAAGGUUGGGAUCAAGGAGUCUUGCAAAGGAAAAAAGAUGGAGCAUGUCUCUUUCAGUUGCAGAUAGUGAUCGGCUUACAACAAAAACCAGUGAUGAGGGUUCUGGAAACACAGAAAAUCAGCAGUUGCAAGCUAGUGUUAAUAAUGAAACAGGGUCUCAAGCCGUUGAAGCUUCUAACGGGUCCACAGUUUCUUCAGAUUUGAAGCAGGAGACAUCACCAUCUCCAAACCAGCAAACCGUGCCAAAAAGAUCGCCACUGACAGCAAAAGAGAGACUAAGGGCUGCCCGGGUUCUCAAUCGUUACAUGGAAUCAAAACCAACUAAAUCAGAAAUGGGCAGCAGAGUUUUGGAUGCAAUGAGAGAAAGUGAUGGUGGCAAGAAAAGAUCUGGGCUCCCAGAAGCCCCUACAAACUUAUUUGAUGACAGCAAGCGAGGAAUGCCAAAGCAGGGCCUCACUUUUGAUUUUCCAGGGGGUUUUGAUCUUUUCAUAAUUGCCUUUUCAUUUGUUUUCAUCAGCACAGUGAUGUUUGCUACGACGUACAUUGUGUGGAAAGCUGGUGCAAUCCAUUUUAAUGAGUACUAAGGUGGAGGGCCAUGGGGUUCUGCAUUUUUUAGACGAAUUACCUUCUUAAUUCUUCCUUGUAAAUCUCUCUCAAAUUAGCUGAAGUUAAGGUACUUCGGAUACUCAUCUUUUGCAAGACUAGGAUUUUGAAUCUUUGUUUUCAGGCAGUAUAUAUACUUGAUUGUACAAAAGAUUUUCUCAGUCAAGAGUUAUUUAUAUGUCGGUGAUCAACAUUUACUGCU